GUUCUACCAGGCGCUUUGCGCUGCCCUCUCCUCCCUCCGCGGGCUGCUGUCCUGGCGCGGGGCUGGGUUGUGUAAGAGGAGUUGGAGUGGCGUUGCCCUUUGAGGAUGAUUUAUGGGGCGGGCGGGCUGGGCGAGCGGAGCUGCGUGCACGCCAGUGUCACUCUCCCUGCCCCAGAAAAGGCGCCGUCGCUGUGUUUGUAUUUGUCCCGAGCAGUCACAUGGAAACGGGUUCGCAGCGCGCCUCCGCCUCCCCUCGCCUAAACUUCAGCACCGGCUGGGAUCGAGGAGCAGGAGCCGCGCUCCCAACCGGGUGCCUUUCGCCCGGCGAGGGGCUCCCCCCCCUGCAAGGCAGCGGCCAUGCCCGUGUGACAGCGCGGAGCCGCCACCAGGCUCGGCCCUCCCAGCCUUCGGCCAGGGGAGGAUGGCUCGGCCAGAAGGGAGGAAAGUGUGAAUGAAAGGAGGAGGAGAAGAAAGGCAUCCGCUCAUCAUUUUCGCCCUUCCCCCGCCGCCUCCCCCUCCCAAACUGGAAUUGUAUCAAGCCUUUAAUUCAGUGGAAAGGAGUGAGCCAUCCAUGGAGACUCUCGCGCAGCCCGGGGCCAAUAAACCUCCCAGCGGGAGAAAAAUGAAGGCUCGAGCUCCCCCUCCACCAAGUCAAUCUCUUGCUGCAAGUCAAAUUCAGAGUGAACAGAAGUCAGUCACAGAGCUGGGAGUAAUCCCUGAUCAGAGCCUGGUGACCAUGAAAGAAAAUCUGAUAAACAGGACAGUGGACUUUACAGUCGUUUUACCAAGUGGUAUGGAACAGAAGAGCAAUGUACAUGGGAGUAAAGCCAUGAUGGAUCUGUUGGUGGAUUUGUGCAGCCGGUACCACUUGAAUCCAGUUCACCAUACUCUUGAGCUGAAGGCUUGUGGGAUGCAACCUUUGAGUUAUAAGCCUAAUACUUUGGUUGGGGCACUGGAUGUACAGACAGUACUUCUGAAGGAGAAAGUUCCUGAAGGGAAGACAAAACGACCUCCACCUAGGAUCCCUGAGAAAUCCAUGAGGUUGGUAGUGAAUUACCUGAAGACACACAAGACUGUGGUUCGAGUUAGUCCUGAGGUGCCUCUGCAUACCAUAAUCCCAGCCAUUUGUGAAAAAUGCGAGGUCAGUCCAGAGCAGGUCGUCCUCCUGAGGGACAAUAUCACUGGGGAAGAGCUGGAACUUACAAAGUCCUUGGACGAGUUAGGGAUAAAGGAACUGUAUGCUUGGGACAGGAAAAGAGAAACAAGUCAAAAUUCUUCAAUAAGCAACGAUGCAACAGAAAAAGAAAAGAGAGGAUUUCUGGGAUUUUUCAAAGUUAAUAAAAGAAGCAGCAAGGGCUUUGCAACAGCUCCAAAUUCCCCUUCAGUGAAUUCACGUUCCAUUACGCUGGGUCCAUCGCUAUCUCUUGGCAACAUUUCAGGAAUGACUGCCAACCCAGAAAUUAAAAAACGCAGAGCACCUCCUCCACCAGUGGCAACACCCCUUUUGCAAACUGCGGAGACAAGUGGAGUGGCAAAGACAGCAAUGCAGAUUCCACAAGGGGCAUCACAGAAUGAUUUUCAGAAGAAAAAGAGGCGUGCCCCUCCACCACCAACUCCUCCUGCUCCUGUCAUGCCAAACAGAACAGAAGAAAAGGAAGACAAGAGGAAGAGCACAAUGGGUAAUGGACGACAGGUGCCACAAAAGCCUCCUAGAGGCAACACACGUGGUCCACCUCAGUUAGUGAUUCCCCCACCCCCACCUUACCCUCCUCCUGACACAGACAUUAUGGAUCCAACUGACUAUUACAGUGAAGCACCCGAUGUUACAGCACCAACAAACCUGGUACCUCAACAGAGCCUGCAGCUCACACAUGAUAAUAUGUAUGUUGUGGAUGAUACGGUUUUGGAACUAUCAGAGGUAGAGGAGACAACAUCAGUAAGCAGCUGUUUUGCAUCAGAAGACACCACUGAAGACUCAGGUGUUGUGAGCUCUCCAUCUGAUGUCGUAUCUUUGGAUUCACAAAAUGACAAUAUGAAAUUGAAAGACAAGCCAGUGAAUGGUCAGGAGGACUCUGCUGAAAGGGAUGGAAUUUACGCAGCAGAGUUGUGCUCUGUGAGGAAUACCUCCUGUGAUAGCAACGAUUCUGGAAAUGCUCACCAGAGUAGCAGAGAUGAAGAAACGACUGCAGCUAAGAAUGACAAUGAGGACGUAUUCAUUGCUGCACGACUCCGACAGACUUUGACUGAACUGGAUGAAGAUUUAGAAGCAAUGGAAGGUAUACAUUACGAAGCAGAUAAUGACUCUGUAUCAAACCACACAAAUGGGGUGUCCAGCCCGCAUUUCAGCGAUGCAGACACUGCUCAGGAUGCUGCCUUUGGUGUUCCAGUAACAAUCAUAGAUGAGAUUCUGAAUAUUAACGUAGUAGGUCCAACUGAAGAUGAAGAGCAUGCAUUACUCCCUAAUGCAGAUGAUGAAGAUAUCUCAGCUGAUUCCAUUAAUUUAGGGAACUUUACAAAUAAUAACAGUGCAGGGUCUUUUGAUAAAAAACAUGUAGAUGGUGGAUCUCUGAGUAUAUCCAUGGACUUAAUUCACCAGCAGUCCUCUGACGAUGUAUUUAAACCCCUGCCCAUAGAACAGAGGCGAGAGAUGUUUGAGUCUCUUACAUCCUCGUUUGAAAAGAGAAAUGAAAACAACCUGGGAUUGGAAAACAGCUAUAAACAUGGUGUUAGUUCUGAGGAAUGCAAACCCAUGCUGAUUUCUUCUCACCUCAAGCCUAAGACUCAAAUCCACAUAGCAAGAGAGAAAACAAAUCAAUAUAAUGAACAAAAUAGUCAGGAGAGAUUCUUGAACAAAGUGCACACACAAUUGGAAGUCAAGCCCCCAUCAACCAAAACAACUGAGGAGAAAGAAGAUAUCCUGUCACCACCUCUGUGGAGUCAUCGUGCCCCUAGUUCCAUAACAAGCUUUGAACCUAAAGUAGGUCUGACAACCUUUAAAGUUGUCCCUCCCAAACCUGAAAUAAAAUACUUCGAUAGAGAUAAUUCCUUCUCCACUGGUGCCAUUAAGAUAGAUGACCUAGGCAACCUGAUGACUCCAAAUGCUGGUAAGAAAAACACAUCAGAUAUUUCUUCCAAUGAAACUGAUGAACCUCUUAUUAGGAGAGUAAAGGAAUUCUGGAGGUCAAACUCUACAGGAAAACAAUCUGACAAGUCUAUAGAACAUAAUUCUAAAAAGUCAAUAGUCACUGUGAGCUCCAAACCCUUUAAUUCAAAAUCUGAAAGCAAACCUAUCUCUCUAACAGAUGCAAAACCAAUACCAUCUCAACCAGUAACUUCAAAUGUGGCUGAAAGGCAUUUUGAGCUCGAAAGAAUCAAUCCACCUGUGCCAGCCUCACAGUCUCAGGUAAACACAUCAGUGUCCCCAACAAUUAACAAGGACAAGACAGAGUUCCCAUUUCUAAAGCCUUAUAAAAGAACUUCAAGCCAUUAUGUUGCCUCUGCUAUUGCAAAACGCCUCGAUCCACUUAUGUUUAAGACUGAUUUGAUAGAGAAGCAUGAUAAAGAGGAGAAUAAUCAUGAAGAAAAAUUGAUAAAAAUUGGAACAGAACCUCUCCCCAAAGGGUGCAUUAUUAUGACCAAAAACAGCCCUAUGGAAAUAAAACCAGCAGAAAAGAGAGACUCUUAUUCAAAUAUUUUUACUUGCAGUCACAAAGCAUCGAAUAGCAGGUUGACGCUUGGUGAUAAUUCUGCUGUGGAAAACAAAGCAGUGAACAUCGGGUUACUGAAUCAGACAACCCCUGUAGGUUUCUAUAAACGGAGUAUCAGUGUACCAUUUACUAAAUCCUCUUCAAAGGAUAACAACACUACAGAAGGUGAUCACAGUUUUAACAGCAAACACAGCAUAGUUGAUAAAAACACACAUCCUUUGUCUGAUCAGAAAUGUGAGAAGACGGACCGUACUAAUUCUUCCUCAUCGUUCACAUCACCUGAUCUCCCAACACCUACAUCCUCUUCCAGCUCAUUGUUGAGGCCCACUAAAUGGCAUCCUGCUAACAAUAUACAAACUAAUUCUUCAGAAGCAUUGUCAGAGCUAAAUAUUAUGCCUGUAAAUAACCACGUCAUUUCUCAAAGGGAUGAGAAGCCUGACAGUAUAAAUAAAUCUGAUGUCACUGUACAGACGGAUAUCUUUGGGCCAAAGAAGAAGUUUAAACCCAUUGUUCAGAAACCAGUUCCAAAAGAUACAUCUCUGCACAGCACUUUAAUGGAAGCUAUUCAGACUGCAGGAGGAAAGGAAAAACUCCGAAAGAGUUCAGACAGCAUGAUAAACGGAAGUCAGAAGAAAUCCUCAUAUGCCGAGCCAGAGAAUGAGCAUUCAGCCCUGCUGGCAGCAAUCAGAGGCCACAGUGGCACCUCAGGACUAAAAAAGAUCUCAUCAUCGGCCUCUGAAGAGCUGCAGAGCUUUAGAAAUGCGGAACUGUCCUUGCAAAAUAAAGAAGCCUCUCAGGCAGAGCAUCUUUGGAUCCCCCCUCCACCUGUCCUGCCGCCGCCACCACCACCUCCUUCCAGCCACAAGUCAAUGACAGCUCCUAAACUUCCUGUCACUGCUACAAGUAACCCUGGGGAGGCAAGGGAGGCCCUAAUGGAGGCCAUUCGCUCUGGCGCUGGAGCAGCAAGGUUAAGAAAGGUCCCUCUCCUAGUUUGAAUCAGGUCUAAAGAACAGGUAAUUGGAAAAUCUAACUUCACACACACACACAUAAUCAUGAUUCAAGGACUGAAGUGGCAAAGAACGUCAAGAAGUUUAGUUUAUUCUCCUGUCUACAGGCCAAAAUAAGUUGCAAUUGAAUGUACCUGCAUAAUGGUUCUAAGGGGAAAAUAUGAUGCUUUGCUGCACAGUUUCCGUGCCAAGGACCCUGUGUUUUGCCUCUAAAUAUUUAAGAUUGCCAGUAAACUAUUGUUGGCGGGUUAAUAAAAAUAUAAACACUGUGUGGUCCUGCAUUAACACUUAAUUGUGUAUACGGGGAAAAUUAAGAUUUUUGCUAUCUGUGUGAACCAUAACAUUCAUUCAGUUUUAAGUUAUUUAAAAUAUGCAAAUGUUUCAAACAAUUUACUUGUUUCUUACUCUUUGAUUUGGACAAAAUAACUAGAACCAAUAAGGAAAAAAGCAAGUAGAAUAAAGAUCCAUCAAUAUUAAUCACAAGAAAAAAGUUAUGGCAGAUUCUGAAAUGCCUAAAUUGCCAUAUGCUGUUAUGUUAUAUACUUAGGUGAGUUUUAUAUCUCUAGAAUUCUCACUAAGCAGGUAAUCAACAGUGAACAUGAGAUAUACUGAACCCAUUCAUGACACUGUGAAAGUGUUGUGAGAUGUGAAAUAAAAGGGACCUUUACUUACUUAAAGCCUUCACAGUCUCUGUUGUAACGUUUCAAAACACUGCUUAAUCUUUCAGGAUCUAGGACUCAUUCCUGCCCUCUGAAAUGGAGGUGUGUCCGCUCACAUACGUCAGAGCUGGACCAAGUCUAUAGGACAGAUCCUGAGCUGGUGUAAAUUUCACAUAAUUUGGCCCCUUGUUUCUAAUUCAUCCGGGCUGUAGCAUUGUCUCACAAUUAUUUAUAGCAGUUUAUUUUACAAAUAUUAACUACUUUGGUAGUUGACAUAUAUUUUAAAAAUAUUUCAUUAAAUUGAAACGAUAACUUAAGAAGGAUCAGUCAACAUUUUUUCAUAUUUACUAUAUUGUAAUGAAUCUGAGGAAGUGAGAGUUCAUAUAUUUUAAUUUUUUUAAGAAUCAUUUUAGCACUAUACACAGCCCAGAAUGGAAAUAUUUGUGGGGGGGAGGUCAGAGCUGGAAUUUAAAAACAUAGCUGUGUAAUGUUGCUAAUGUUAAAAAAGAGAAGAACUGUUUAGCCAUCUGUACUUAAUAUGACUGUAUAUUAUAUAUUGUAAAAUAUUCAUCUGUUAGUGCCACAAUUAAAAAAAUUGUACAAGA